CGGUGCUGUGUACUAACGCCACCCAUUUGCAUAUUAGGCGCUGAAACCAUUCAAAGCUAGAAAAAAGAGAGAGGGUAAAUUGAACUCAACAGUCCCCUACAGUUUAUAAACUCGUUGCCGACAAUCUUCACCGUCACUUACUAAUCCCCUAAAAAAAAACCAUGAAAUCCUCUCGCCAAUUCAGCUACUCAUCGUCUUCAACCUCCACACUAGUCUUCACUUUCAACAGCGACCACUCAAAUUCUCCUCAACAACCCAAAGAAAUCCCCAUCGAAACCCCAGUCCCAAUCACCGUCCACCUCCCCGACGCCGCCUCCGUCGCAGCCGCAACCAAGAUCCAAUCAGUUUACCGAGCCCAUGUCAUCCGCAACCUGUACAAACAGAUCUCAGACGUGAAUUCCUCUGCCGACCGUCUGCAACACUUGAUCCAACGGCAAGAAACAGUGGACGCUAUCAGGAACGACGAGAAAGAGAAGCUGAGGAUAAACGAAACGUUGAUGGGUCUUUUACUGAAACUGGAUUCGGUACCAGGUUUGGAUCCGACGGUAAGGGAAGGGAGGAGGAAAGUGAGCCGUAGGAUCGUGGGGUUGCAAGAGAUAGUAGAUGGGAUAUCGGAAACGAAAGUGGAGGACGACGGAGAGUGGUGGUGUGGACAGCCGCGUGGGAUAUUUACGAUGAAGGAUUGGGAUGAAGUGGUGGAAGUGAUGGAGGAGGAAGUGUGUAAAGAGAGAGGUGGGGCGGAAAUGGAGAGGUUUUGCGCCGAGUAUUUAGGGUUUAGAUGCUUACAGAGGUUUCUACGCGAGUGAAUCAAAUUCUAUGUACUUUGUUUUUUUCUACUUCAUUAUUGUAUUGUAUAAAAUAUGUAUUUUACCCUAAGCUUUUCUGUAAAAUUAUACUCUAUAAAUACAAAUAAAAUUUUAUAAA